AUGCAUAUCAGAUCUGCUACUAGAAACGACAAGUGUGGUGAUGAAAAACCGAGACAUUCGCAGUCAAGUCAAGGGUCCGUCAAAAGGGCCAAUCAAGAUGUGGAAAAUAUACUUGCCACUUGGUUACAAGACAACAAAACAAAAAAAUGGAGUGAAGGACUAAAAUUUGUUCAAUUCAUAAAAAAUCGAACCUUACAUCAUGGAAUAAAAUGCAGCCAAUAUGAAGCAAUGUUUGGAUGUAGUGCUAAAAUUGGAUUAAAAUCAUCGCUACUUCCAAUAUCAAUCAUUAAUACAUUGAAAACCGAAGAAGAUUUAGAGGCAGCUAUUACGUCAAUGAAUACUGGAGAUCAUAGUGAAUUUGAUGAAGCAUUGAUUGAAGAAAUUAAUGAAGAAAAAAAAAAUAGAUAA